ACAUUCCUCACAUUCCUACAAAAAGAAUUGGAGAGCUGAUUGUGUUCCUGAACCUUCACAUCCAAUUUCAAGUAACCAGAUACUUGUUACGCAAGAAUACGAGUGCAGUGGUAACUUUCUAUCUGUCUGUAUGAGCUCAAGGACAUUCCAAGGGGACAAUAUGUCAGUUGAGGGUAGGUGGUUUCGAAGGCUCUGAAAGGGAUAAGUUGCUCGCUGUGCACAAGUUUUGUAAACAGCCAUCCCCGGAGAAAGUCUAGAGCUUAUUGUCCUGCGUCCUGUAUAUGAUAGGUUGGUCCUGUGGACAAUUGUCAUUCUUUCCACAUUCAGGUGAAGAACCUAAUAUCAUCUCGAGUUUGUUACACUCUACAGUGUGGGCAGUUGUUGUUUUACAUUCUGAACUUUGGUUCCAGCAGUAGUCACCAUGAAGAUCGAGCAUACGAACGGGAACGUAGUUAAAACUCUGCACGCAGUAAUCGUUCCAUUUCCUGCUCAAGGUCAUAUAACGCCAUGCUUGCAGCUUGCGAAGAAACUAGUCCGACUUGGGUUUCACAUCACAUUCGUCAACACCGUUCACACCCACGACCGAUUGAUGAAAUCGUCUUUCAAAGAUCGCGAGCCAGAUGAAGAUAUUGAGUUUGUCGCGGUAUCAGACGGGCUCCCGGACGAUCACCCUCGAUUGGCUGAUAUUGUUGCUUUCAGUGUCGCAUUUUCAGAAAGGGGACCUGUAUUUGCAGAGCUGUUAGUCAAAUUGCUUCGCAAGUCUCCAAUCACAUGCGUAAUACGUGAUAUUUCAUCGGGGGUCGUCCAGGAACCAGCCAGAAAAUUGGGCAUUCCAGUGGUGGGUUUCGGAACACCAUCUGCCAUUUCCAUCCAAUGUAGAACCCACAUAGAGACAUUCAUAGAAGCAGGGGUUUUACCGCUCCCACCUCCUCCGAUGAAUACUUCAACUCCAUCCCUCGAUCCAGUCAAGUUAAUACUUGGACUGCCUCGAAGUGAUGAGGAGGCUGCAGCUCGGGAUGCUCCACUCAUAUGCCUCCCUGGUGCAUCUCCAACUAUGAGGGUCAAUGACAUUCCAACGUACCUACUAACUCACGACCUCGACAGCCACUUCGUUCGCUUAAAUCGAGCCUGUCAAAGACCACUUCUUCAAAGCUGUGAGUGCCUUCUCUUCAACACGUUCCAUGACUUGGAGGGUGAGGUUCUGGACGCCAUGACUGACAUUAAUGCCAACAUUUAUUCCGUGGGUCCUCUCAUUUUCAACUCCAAAAAAAGCCAAGUUGACGGGGUCGAAGAGUUGUCGUUAGCAGCUACGGAAAGCGCCUUGUGGAAAGAGGAUCCUAUAUCUCUGUCCUGGCUUGACAACCAGAAGCAGAACUCAGUUCUUUUCGUUUCGUUUGGGAGCAUAGCAACCAUGUCCAUUGAGCAGAUGCUGGAAUUCGCUUUGGGUCUCGAGAUUAGCGGGCACGCCUUCUUGUGGGUAAUCAGAUCAGACUCAAUCGAGGAUACACACGAAAACGAAGAAUUUCAAAUCACGUUCUCAGAUUUUAAGAAAAGAACACAAGACCGUGCUCUUUUCGUACCCUGGGUGCAGCAAAUCGCAGUUCUCUCACAUCCUUCCGUAGCAGCUUUCCUUACUCACUGCGGUUGGAACUCCGUCAUAGAAAGUAUCUCAAGUGGUGUUCCGAUGCUUUGUUGGCCAAGAUUCGCUGAUCAGAAUACGAAUUGCCACUACGUUAAGUGUGUAUGGGAAAUUGGCCUUGAUUUCGAGAGCCAGGUAAAGGGCGAUACUACAAUUGUAUCCAAGGAGGAACUGGACAAAAAGGUGAGAAGAAUCAUGGCUAAAGACGGAGCGGAUUUGGAGAUCGAUAAAAUUCGAACCAAUGCUAGAAACCUUCGCAUUGCAGCAAGGAAAGCAGUUAGCGAAGGAGGUUCCGCACACACUGCAUUCAUGAAAUUCGUGCAACAGAUACAGCAGACUUCCAAACUUCAGCUUCCUUCAUAGAUCUCAAUGCAUUCGCCGUGGCUCUUUUUCAAGGACGAGUACUCACUCUCACGGACCAAACUCAGAUUGUCCGGACUUCGGAAGUUUCCUUUUUUGCCACGUUGAUAGAAUUGCAGUGCUUGUUUGUUUGCUAAAAACUUAUCUAGAACAGAAAUGUUAAGCUGUGAGUAAUAAAUAAAAUUCAUUAUAUUCAAAAUGAAUAUGCCUGAACUAUCUAUCAAUACAUGUGGCAGUUGUUGUUGAUUGGUUGGGGUAGAAUAAUAUUAUAUAAUUAGUUGCCACACUUCUUGUUUUUGUAAAAGUUGGAUUUUUAGUUCUGUAACCCACAACUAGUUAGAAUAGGUUGGCCUACAUGUCAAAAAUGGGUCAAAGAGAAUCUUCAAUUAAAAUGUUUGUAUAAAUUUUGUUUUUGGGCCAAAUUAUGAAAACACUUCAAA